AUGUUACAGCCAGAACUGGUUCCUACUCAGGUAAGGGUGUUGGGAAAUUUAUAUAAUGAAGACUGUACAACUACUGACUGCCUGCCACAGGAGGAGGAUGAAAACCCGUUUAACUUCAGCCCGCAACUCAUCAUGUACCUUCACAAGGACCACGAACUGUUUGAGGAUGGAGAUGUUGAAAGACACAUGUACCUUCAAGACCUUUAUAUUUCAGAGGCAGACGGCGACAAACAGACUCUCAGAGUGUCAGAAUUUGCCUGUCACAUCUCAGGCUGCAACGCAGUCCAUGCCACUUUAGAGGAGUAUGAGCAUCACUACAACUCCUUACACCGUCAUGUGUGCUCCAUCUGCCGACGCUCACUACCCACUGCUCGCCUCCUGGAUAUUCACAUUCAGGAGUGGCACGACUCUGUCUUCAUGGUCCUGGCACAGCGGCAAGACAUGUACCAGUGUUUGGUGGAGGGCUGUGGACACAAAUUCAGGACGAGCACACUCAGGAAGGACCACCUGAUACGAAUUCACAAGUACCCUCCAGACUUCAGAUUUGACAAACCCAAAAGAGAAAAAGGACAUCAAGAGACAAAGCAGCAGCAGGCAGAAACAGCGAUGGAGGUAGCGGACAACGUGAGCGCGGUUCUUUGUGAAGAGCAGUCCAAACAGGCAGAACAAGAGGAAUCCAUGGAAAUGCCCUUAUCCACAACAGAGAUCCACUUUUGUGAAAAGGGUGCCUCACAUGAGGAACAGGCAGCAGGUCACAACACAAACGAUGAACAUUUGAACCCACGAUAUUCCUACAGGGUUCCCUCCACUGUGUGCUUUGGUCAUGGCUCCACCCGAGGUUUCAGAGGUCAAAGAGGAAGGAGGAAAUGAAACUACUUCAGAUAUCACAAAUAUGUGCUCAUGUCUGCCUUUUAGUUCACAUGACAACAAAUAAAAUAUUUUCUGUCAUAUCGUUUAUUCAGACAAUUCUUCAUGUGACAUAUCGAUAAUAUUUGUUUCAAAACUGACGAACAAAAAAAACCAAACCUCAGUAUAUUUGUAAUAGAUUUUAAUUGUCCAAAAAUACUUGUUCAGCCAACAAGUAUCAAAUACACUGUUGAUCACUCUGGAAUAUAAAAUAAGUAAUCAACGGUUUAU